UAUGCGCCUCCCGGUAACAGGACUGGGCCGUCAAAGUAUGGCAGCUGCAGAGGCGGCAGUGGUGUCGUCUUCGUCUUUAGAAACAGACCCAGCCCCUGAAACUGCAGAGAGUGCCGAAACAGCCGCAACAACGGCGGCGACCACGGCAGCAACGGCUGCAGCCGUGGCGGUUGCAGCCGCAGCUAGGACCGGAUGCGAAGCCAGGGUUGUCAAGGCCGCUUUGGCUACUAAACUGCUGUCCCUUAGCGGCGUGUUCGCCGUGCACAAGCCCAAAGGGCCCACUUCAGCCGAGCUGCUGAAUCGGUUGAAGGAGAAGCUGCUAGCAGAAGCUGGAAUGCCCUCUCCAGAAUGGACCAAGAGGAAAAAGCAGACUUUGAAAAUUGGACACGGAGGGACUCUAGACAGCGCAGCUCGAGGCGUUUUGGUGGUUGGAAUUGGAAGGGGAACAAAAAUGUUGACCAGUAUGUUGUCAGGAUCCAAGAGGUACAUUGCCAUUGGAGAGCUGGGGAAAGCCACUGACACACUCGAUUCUACAGGGAAAGUGACAGAAGAGAAACCCUAUGAUAAAAUAACACAAGAAGAUAUUGAAGGCAUACUACAGAAAUUUACUGGGACAAUAAUGCAAGUACCCCCUCUUUAUUCUGCAUUAAAGAAAGAUGGACAGAGACUUUCAACUUUAAUGAAGAGAGGUGAAGUAGUAGAAGCAAAACCUGCCAGGCCAGUAACUGUAUACAGUAUCUCCCUUCAAAAUUUCCAGCCACCAUUUUUCACAUUAGAUGUUGAAUGUGGAGGAGGUUUUUAUAUCAGAAGCUUGGUCAGUGACAUUGGCAAAGUGAUUUGCUCUUUAUAGUGAAGUUUAUAGACUUGGAGAUAGCUGUCCUGUGCAUUCCAGCUGAUCCCUUCUGCUCCAAAUACUUAAAAAUAGUGAUUCUAAAAUGUUUUUGUUCAAAUAGCUGGAAAGUUACAAAUCCCUCUUUCCCAUAAUUUUGAAAAUUACAAAAUAGUAAAUUUUAUGUAAUGCAUCCUUCAUAAUUUUGUUGAGAAUGUAAUGUAUUAUGCAACUGAUAUGCAGAAAUGUUUAAUUUCCUCUUCAUUUACUCAAAUAUAAUUUCGAAAGGAAAAUUUUAAAUUUCAUAAAAUUUGAGUUUUGGGAUUUUUAUUGAUUACCUUUUUACUUAAAGGUGGUUGCCUGCUUGCAACUCAGCAUUUUAACAUUUAAAUUUAAAGUGAUUUUAUUUGUGGUUUAUCUAUUUGUGGUUAAUAUACAGUUAGUUGCUUCAGUAAAGCAUCUUCAGCAUAUUGGCAACAGUUGAAAUGAAAAUAUUAAAACUAAUUCUUAGUAUGAGACCCAAAACUGAGCAUACUGAUACUUUGCUGCAUUAACAUAAAAUGACAAACACAUAAAUUUUAUAAAUUGAAAAUUUAUUAUUUUACUUAUUCAUUUGUAGUACUCUACAAUUUGUGUCAACUAAAGGUGACAGUGGCUACCUCUGCCUGUUAAGAGUGGCAUAGGUUACAAUAUGUUUUCAUUCGUUGCCAAAGUCCAAAUUGGGGAAUGUUUCAGUUUUAGAAUAUGGAUGAGGUUUUUUCCAUCUUAAAAAUUGACAUGUACAAUUUACUGAUUAGGAAAAUGUCAAGAUUAUUUGAGAAGGAAAUAACUUCUAAAAAUGAUAGCCAGUCCUUUUCUUUUAUAUUGAAAACAUUGAAGAAAAUUUUCCCGAAUAGAAAAAGACCUCUAGUCCUUACCAUCCUAAUGUACUAACUUUCAAAGUUUGAUUUUUAUAAUACUAUUUUUUCCUUUUUGUUCAGAUAAUUAGUCUUAAGUCACCUAUACUACUUAAAAAAAAAAACAAAAAAACUGGUACUGGGGAUUAAACACAGGGGCCCUCCUCCACUGAGCUAUACCCCCAGCCUUUUUUAGUUUUUAUUUUGAGACAGAGUCUCGCUAAGUUGACUAGGCUGUCCUUGAACUUAUGAUCCUCCUGCCUCAGCCUCUUGAGUAGUUGACAUCACUGUGACCACCAUGUCCGGCAGGCACCUAUAGUUUUUUUAUUGACAAUUUUUAUUUGAUAUUAUCCAUAUUUAGUUUUGAUAGUAAUUAUUGUAAUCAUAUUCCUACCUACUCAUAAUUUGUUUGAAUCAUUUCCUAUGACAAAAUACUUGAAUUGUUUUGUUUUAUGAGGAUAAAUUCUCAGAGUGGGAUUAUUCAGUGAAAUUAUUUUGACUUUUAUGUUUUAUGUUGCCUUAUUGCAUUCCCAGAAUUGUUACACCUCACAGUGUCCCAUUUGUGUUGGGAUUUUUAUGUGCUGUUGUUAUUUAAUAAGAGAAAAAUCAAAGUUUCUCUAAAUUGCUUUUGUGUGAUUACCUGCAUACUUUGUACAUCUAGAAAAAUAAAUGUCUUAAUGGUUUCUUGAUCUGUAUGAGUAAUUUAUGCAGUAAAUGUUUGAUAAAAAUGUUUAUCAUGACUUUUGUAAACCUUAAGGCUUUUUUUUUUUCAUUUUGCUGUCUAGAUUUGCUAACUUAUUUUAUGAAUUCAUUCUCUUUUAUCAUCAUCAGGUUUGUUAAGUAUUAAGGGUUAAAUUUUACUGAAACUUUAAAAUAUUCUUGUAACUCUCACAAGUAGCUAAAACUAAUAGAGAUGCUCUGAAAAAUUCAAGAAUCAUCCAGUGUGGAAUUUAAGUACCAGCUCUCUCCCCGCCACCAUUUUAAUAAAAAAUAUUAAAGAAGUA